UUAAUAUUUUAUAAAUUCUAUUCAUUGUUUGGAAGUUUCACUGUUGAAAAGAUGGAAAUACCUACUUUCUACAAGAGCAAAAAUCCCUUUCCUUUUGAGUCUAGCCUGAAAGCCAGAACUGAUAACAAGCAGGUACCCGCAGUGUACCAGAAAGGAACAUACCACUCCACGAGGCACUAUGCACAAUACAAGAAGGUUUGCUUCAAGACUAUAGCCAAGGACUUAAAUUUUUCAAAAGAGGUGGUAAAGCACAGAGAGCCAGCAACUCUGUCUUAUAAGGAAUAUGAUCGGAAGCAUGUAUAUGAUUAUUCCAACAUCGUUCACAAAGAAAUUACUACUAAGAAGCCAAGGUGGCCAAGCAAGCUUAAACCUUUGAAGGAACUACCUCCAUUGAUUCAAACAGACAUUGCUCCUUCCAAGCAAACCACUGACAAUGUUCCUUUCUGCUUGGAAGAGUGUGUCUGGAAAGCCAAGCUGGAAAGCACCCUUGCAGAACCAUCUCUGCUCGUACCCAUCUCUCCUCCUUCUCCUCUUCCUUGUGAUUCUCCUUCACAGAUAUUCUUGACGGAACCUCAUGACAUGUUAGGAACCCUGAUGACCAAAGGAUGGCAAAAAAGAACACCCCAGGGCAUCACAUUCCAUGAGCCAGAGGACAAGGACAAGGGAUGGGAAGAAAGUCUGUUGAGAAAGCUGAACAAGGCUACGGCUCAGUGGAUUGUGAACAGCCAGUCUUCCCGGGGAGGCUGGGUUCAGGGUAAGCUAAAGGGUUUCAAGAAGCAAAAAUAUGACUGGGAGAGCAUAAGAUACGUGCUUCCUUCUGGCAGUGAUGUAGAGUUACUGGAUGAAAUCAUGGCAGAGGAAGAUGGCGUGGGUGUUCGAAGUUUUGAAGAAAAGAUACCAGAGACACUUCUCCCUGUCUAUUAUAGGAUACCAUCUUUCCACUCAAGAGCACUGUGCAGAGAUGAUCCAUCUGGAGACAACAAGACAAUGGUAGGAAUAUCACAACAGAGACCCAAACUGGUGACUCCUAUUAAGCAUUGGAAACGGCUAAGCUCCCAGGUUGGGAAAUAUUCAUACACCACUGAGAAUGUUUUUGAACAAGAGCUCUAUUUUGGGUCAGCUAAUAUUGUGCAUCAAGAUACAAAGGGGGGUUACAUUGUUAUGGAUAAUCGUGACGAAUACUGUAAACACCUCCAACCGCAGUAUCCAAGACCUCCAGAGCUUUGGAGUUUCAGGCCACCCAAAAAAACAACUUAUAGGGUGCAGAAGGGAGCUAUCCGCUGGACUGCAUUGCCCACCAUAAUUGAGAACUUUGCCCAGCUAGGCCAAGCAGAAUCCAUUACAGUCUCUGGGAGAAAAAGAGAAUCACGUAGAAAGUAUGAAAGAAAAUUGUCUCAAGAUUCAUUUAUCCGUCGGACUAUGCUGGAAAAGUGGAAGGCAGACUGGAAGUUGGAUCCUCGGUGGCGGUCAGCAACUAUAGAAGGAUUAAUGAGAGACCUCACAGAUGUGCACGUUCAGAAUCGGAUCAAUGCUAUAAUUACCUGUGCAUCUGCUGUGCUUGAACGGCCCCAGAAAGCCAAACCAGGAAGUAAGGAGUCAGUUAUAGGAACAGAAGCAAAGAUGUCAGAAAUUCCAGAUAUUCCAGUCGAAAUACAGUCUUUGCUUAAAACUACUCUGUUUGAUGAGGAUGCUCAUGUGAGAAUGGCAGCUGCAAUAUGCCACUAUACCAUAGGGGAGAGAUCCCAGCAAGCACAAAUCGUUGUGAAGAAUGCUUUGAUACAUGGAAAUUCUGCAGACAGCUGGGCAGCAGCCCAGUGCCUAGCACUGGAGGGUACUGUCACUUUCCAAGUUGUGAAAAGGAUCCUGGCACAAAUUUUUGAUCAGAAGGAUGAUGCCACCGAAGAGCAGGCUUGUCUUUUGUUAGCUCGGCUCAGCAAACAAACAGGCUUGGUUCAAUGUUUACUGGCUUCUGAACUGAAUAGCUACCAAUGGAAACACAGAGUCUUAGCCUGUAAAACAUUCUCCUGUAUUCCAGGACCUGUCAGCCAGGAUCUCAAGAACAAAUUUGUUCAGUUGAUGUGGACAGAUUGGAAGUUUGAUGUACGACAGGCAGCUGCCCGAGCUUUGGGGUAUUUGGAGCUUGGGAAAGAAGUCCAUGACCAGCUCAGGGUGAAGCUGCAAAGAGGAGAUUGCCAGACAAAGGUGGAGGCUCUUACAUUGAUUGGCUGGCUGAAACUUAUGACAGCCAAGCUGCUCCCCAGUUUUCUUCAGUGUUUCUCUGAUGACUUUGUUGCUGUCCGAAAGGAAGCCUGCCAAGCAGCUGGAGCACUCAGGAUUACAGAAGAGUCAGUGCUUAAAUGCCUUUUUAAGGUAAUGCAGACCGAUCCCCUCUGCAAGAUCAAAGCCUUCGCCAUCAGAGCUCUUGGUCAGAUAGGUAAGGCAAGUCCCAAGCUAGAAGAUCUUCUUCUUUGGGCUGUUCACUAUGAAGAGGAUCCUGGAGUUCGAAGGGAAGCCUGCCGUAGUAUCAUCAUCCUUAAGCUGCAGGAUGAAAAAGUCCGAGCUACUUUACUGGAGAGAAUGAUAUUGGAACCAAAUGAGAUGGUAAAAGAAGAGCUGAACCGUGCAGUGGUGACCUUAAAUUUCCAGCAGGAAGAAGAACAAGAAAUGAUUCAACAGAUCAAGGACAAGAUUACAACAUUAACCCAAAAGGAUUUGGUGAUACAGAAACUGCAGAAACUUAAAGAGAUAACAGAGAGGACAUGGCAGGAAGCUCACCGCAUAUAUCGUGACAAGGACGACGUCUUUAUAUACAGAGACCUUUGCGAAAUCUUUCUUGAUGCUGUUAAAUAUACUUCAACAGGUCAGACCCAGAAGUUCUCCAAGAUUUGGACUACACUCUCAGAAUUACUACCUUUGAUGGGAAUCCCACCAAAUUCCUGGACCCAAAAAUCUUUCUUGGAAGCCUUGGAAGCAUACUAUGUUGAGAAGGGAACAUGUGCUAAGAAAGAAGAAACUCCUACAGUGAAGAAAAAAAACCCUAGGGUCCUCCAAAAGAGCAAAGAAACAUCACUCGUUGUCCGUUUUGUGCCAAAUGUUUAGGCAGCUACUUAGCCAAUCCUGUUCUGGUAGGAAAGAAGGUAUUCUAGGCAGUUUUAUAAAACUGUGUGCACAUAAAUUUUUUUCCAAAGUUUGGAAGCAGAAUUGCAGAACCAUCGUCCAUACUGAUAUGCACAGUAAUUUGUUGUGACCUGUGUGGUGUAUAGUCAAACCAGUUUUGUAUGAUUUGGAAUUGUACAACUUCAUGUCAUGCCCCGGAAAAGCCAAAACUAGACCCACGUGUGUGACCAGCAUUGCAAAACAUCUCUUUCUUUCACUGUGCCUCAAUCAGUUU